CUCCUCCUCCUCCUCGCUGAAAGGGGAGUCCAGGAGUUCUUCCACUCGCCUUCCUUCCCCCGCCAGGCAUGAACAGGGUGUGGGCGGCGUUCAGGGCCCGCCCGUACGUGGGCAACGUGGCGGGCUACACGGCGCUGUUCGCCUCCGCCGACGUCUUCCAGCAGAGCGUGCUGGGCCGGCGUGGCUCGCCCGGCGUGGACUGGCGCCAGACGGCCCGGGUGGCCGCCGUGGGCUUCUGUUUCCACGCCAACUUCAACUACCAAUGGCUGCGCUGGCUGGAGAGGAUGCUGCCCGGGGGCGGAGCCAAGGCAGUGGUGGGGAAGGUGGCGGUGGAUCAGCUGGUGGCGGCGCCGCUAACCAUCAGCGCCUUUUAUAUCGGUUUAAGUUUACUAGAAGACAAAGAAGACAUAUUUGAAGACUGGAGGCAGAAAUUCUUGACGUCUUACAAGACAGGUGUGUUGUUCUGGUCCAGCAUGCAGGCUGUCAACUUCUCCUUGGUUCCUCCCGUGGCUCGCACGGUGUUCCUGGGAGGCGUGUCUCUCCUCUUCACCAUCUACCUGUGUCACCUGCGCCAGCAUCAGGACCUCCAACACCAGCAUCAGGACCUCCAACACCAGCAUCAGGACCUCCAACACCAGCAUCAGGACCUCCAACACCAGCAUCAGGACCUCCAACACCAGCAUCAAGACCUCCAACACCAAAACAAAUGA